AUGCUAAGCCGCCUCCUCAGUCAGGAGUGUGCUUUCCCUGGGGACAGCUCUGGCAGUGAAACCUCUCCUCCUCAUCCCUCUGGUGUGGCUGUUCACUCCUCUCUUGGGUCUGGGACUUUUCCUGCUCUCAGCCCUUUCAGAUCUUCUGAUGCACAGGGAGAACCUCAGAAGUUUAUAGAGUUUGAAGAUGCGCUGGAGCAGGAGAAGAAAGAGCUACAAAUCCAAGUGGAACACCUUGAAUUCCAGACUCGACAGCUGGAGCUGAAGACCAAAAACUAUGCAGAUCAGAUUUCACGACUGGAGGAACGUGAAUCAGAAAUGAAGAAAGAGUAUAAUGCUCUACAUCAGCGUCACACAGAGAUGAUCCAGACCUAUGUGGAACACAUUGAGCGAUCCAAGAUGCAGCAGGUUGGGGGAAAUAAUCAAACUGAGGGCAGUCUACCUGGGAGAAGUCAUCGCCAGUCAUGGAGGAAAAGCCGGAAGGAACGUCCUAACUCUCUGAAUGUCUUCCCUCUCGCGGAUGGCAUGUGCCCCCAAGAUGAAAUGUCCGAAUCUGGGCAGUCCUCAGCAGCUGCCACACCGAGUACCACUGGAACCAAGUCCAACACUCCCACAUCAUCUGUGCCCUCUGCUGCUGUCACACCCUUGAACGAGAGCAUCCAGCCUAUCAGCGAAUAUAAUGGCACGACCAAGAGCAAUAAGAGGGCACGAGAAAAGCGGAACAGCCGGAACAUGGAAGUCCAGGUCACGCAGGAGAUGAGGAAUGUCAGCAUAGGAAUGGGCAGCAGUGAUGAAUGGUCCGAUGUUCAGGACAUCAUAGACUCUACUCCAGAGCUGGAUAUGUGUCAAGACCCCCGGCUGGAACGCACUGGUAACAGCCCAACACAGGGGAUUGUGAACAAAGCAUUUGGCAUCAACACAGACUCUCUCUAUCAUGAACUUUCCACAGCAGGGUCCGAGGUUAUUGGAGAUGUUGAUGAAGGAGCAGAUCUGCUAGGGGAGUUCUCAGUACGGGAUGAUUUCUUUGGAAUGGGCAAAGAAGUGGGGAAUCUGCUGUUGGAGAACUCACAGCUACUGGAGACCAAAAAUGCUUUGAACGUUGUGAAGAAUGAUUUGAUUGCCAAGGUGGACCAGCUAUCUGGAGAGCAAGAAGUGCUGAAGGGAGAGCUUGAAGCAACAAAGCAGGCCAAAGCCAAAAUGGAAACCAGAGUCAAGGAGCUGGAGGAGGAGCUGAAAAGAGUGAAAUCUGAAGCGAUUGUUGCCCGACGAGAACCCAAAGAGGAGGUGGAGGAUGUAAGCAGCUAUCUCUGUACAGAAUUGGACAACAUUCCUAUAGCUCAGCGCCGCCGCUUCACCCGUGUGGAAAUGGCCCGGGUUCUGAUGGAGCGGAAUCAGUACAAAGAGAGGUUGAUGGAGCUCCAGGAGGCUGUCAGGUGGACAGAGAUGAUCAGAGCUUCCCGUGAGCACCCAUCCGUUCAGGAGAAGAAGAAAUCCACCAUCUGGCAGUUCUUCAGCCGUCUGUUCAGCUCUUCUUCAAGCCCCCCACCAGCAAAGAGGACCUACCCAUCUGUGAACAUCCACUACAAGUCUCCAACAACAGCAGGGUUCAGCCAGCGUCGCAGUCACACCAUGUGCCAGAUCUCCUCCAGCAGCCGUACCCUGGAGUUCUUCCCUGAAGAUGACUGUACAUCCUCGGCACGUCGCGAACAGAAGCGGGAACAGUACCGCCAGGUCCGGGAGCACGUGCGGAACGAUGACGGGCGAUUACAGGCCUGUGGCUGGAGCCUCCCUGCCAAGUACAAGCAGCUGAGUCCCAAUGGUGGUCAGGAAGACACUCGCAUGAAAAACGUCCCUGUGCCUGUAUACUGCCGCCCACUAGUAGAGAAGGACCCAACCAUGAAGCUGUGGUGUGCAGCUGGAGUCAAUCUCACGGGAUGGAGACCAUUGGAGCAGGAGCCUGGGAAUGGGCAGAAAUUGGAUCCUGGACGUGAUCCCCUCACCUGUGAUAGGGAAGUGGAAGGCGAGAACAACAAAAGUAACCAUACAUCUCCUGAAAAGAAAAAGGCAAAAGAGCUCCAUGAAAUGGAUGCCACGUCCAGUCGUGUGUGGAUCCUCACUAGUACGCUGUCAACAAGUAAAGUUGUAAUUAUUGAUGCCAAUCAGCCCGGCACAGUUGUGGACCAGUUCACUGUCUGCAAUGCUCAUGUGCUUUGCAUCUCCAGCAUCCCUGCGGCCAGUGAGAGUGAUUAUCCUCCAGGCGAGAUCUUUCUGGAGGGAGAUGUAAAUCCUGAAGAGUCUUCUGGAACAGAUGGUGUCUUGGCAGGAAUCACUCUGGUAGGCUGUGCAACCCGCUGCAAUGUGCCACGAAGCAACUGUUCCUCGCGUGGUGACACACCUGUGCUGGACAAGGGACAGAGUGAGGUGGCUGCUGUCUGCAAUGGGAAGAUCAACCAGUCCCAGUCUACUGAGGAGGCAACAGAAGCUACAGAGGUACCAGAGAAUGGUACAAGUGAGGCAGAGCCUGCUCAGGCCCGGCCUGGGCCCCUCACGGAGCACGUGUUUACAGAUCCAGUCCCUGCACAGGCGCCUCUUAGGCAGAAUGGGGAGAAUGGGCAGCUGAAGACAGAGUCAAGCACAACACUGCCAGAUCAGGAGUCAAAUGGGGAUGCUGCUGGGACUUGCACCAGUGCUGCCCCCACCAUGUGGCUGGGAGCACAGAACGGCUGGCUUUAUGUGCACUCGGCUGUAUCCAACUGGAAGAAGUGUCUGCACUCGAUAAAGCUGAAGGACUCUGUACUGAGUCUAGUGCAUGUGAAAGGGAGGGUCCUUGUUGCUCUGGCAGAUGGAACACUAGCCAUAUUCCACCGGGGAGAAGAUGGUCAGUGGGAUCUCAGUAAUUAUCACCUAAUGGACCUCGGUCACACUCACCAUUCCAUCCGCUGCAUGGCUGUUGUGUAUGAUAGAGUCUGGUGUGGCUACAAGAACAAAAUCCACGUUAUUCAGCCUAAGACAAUGCAGAUUGAGAAAUCCUUUGAUGCUCACCCUCGGCGGGAGAGUCAGGUGCGACAGCUGGCUUGGAUUGGAGAUGGAGUGUGGGUUUCCAUCCGCCUGGACUCCACUCUGAGGCUUUACCACGCCCACAGCCAUCAGCAUCUGCAAGAUGUUGACAUUGAGCCUUAUGUCAGCAAGAUGCUAGGCACUGGGAAGCUGGGCUUCUCCUUCGUGCGGAUCACAGCCCUGCUCAUUGCUGGCAACCGCCUCUGGGUAGGGACAGGGAACGGUGUCGUCAUCUCCAUUCCACUGACUGAGACUGUAGUCCUCCACCGAGGCCAACUCCUUGGGCUCCGGGCCAACAAGACCUCACCAACUUCUGGAGAGGGCAGCCGCUCUGGCGGGGUCAUCCACGUCUACGGUGAUGACAACAGUGACAAGUCUGCCAGCAGUUUCAUUCCCUACUGCUCCAUGGCUCAGGCACAGCUCUGUUUCCAUGGCCACCGUGAUGCUGUCAAGUUCUUCGUCUCUGUGCCUGGCAAUGUCCUAGCAACCCUGAAUGGGAGUGUGUUGGACAGCCCCUCGGAGAACCCCAGCACAGCGGCCACAGAGACUGAGGGGCAGAAGCUGAAGAACGUCCUGGUGCUGAGCGGAGGAGAAGGGUACAUCGACUUCCGGAUCGGGGAUGGAGAAGAUGAUGAGACAGAGGAGAAUGCAGGAGAUGCCACCCAGGUGAAGCCAGUACUUUCCAAGGCUGAAAGGAGUCACAUUAUCGUGUGGCAGGUAUCCUAUAUCCCUGAGUGAGAAAUUCUCCUUUCCCACCAAUCUAAGUGUCCCUCAUCCCGCCUGAAUGCCAAGAUGUACAUACAGAAUGCCUGCAUUAUACCUACUGCUGGAAACCGACCCCAGACAACUGCAACGGCUCCUGCCUCGGACUGUGACCCCCUUCUAACCUCUGAACUUGCAGCUUUCAUCUUGGGCCUGUGCGCUUUCUGCGUGGUUGGAUUAUUGUUCUGCUCUGGAGCUGGCAUCUACAAGGAGAGACAUGGCAGCACAUCGAUGAAGUGGAGCUUGGAGCUAGAACUGUGCAAAGCCUUUGCCCGGUGCACACGAGCUGGCAGCUGGAGGGGUUGUGGCUCAGGUUCUCCAGCAGGUUGCCUCACUCCCACCUGCAUGAGAAAGUAGUAUGUCCCCCUGGCACCCCCCACCAAAGCACUGAUGGUGAAUCACAACUUCUACAGCACCCUAGCAGAAAUACUUUCUAGUUCACCAGUGGACUCUCCACCUUAUCCACCUAUAAGCACAGAAUAAUGUCCCACGGACUGAGAGCAGCUAGGUCCAAGGAACCCUCGAUAGACAGGAGUGUCAGGGUUUGGGCAGCACUUCUGCUGUUUGGCUGGAGAGGACAGUAGUGCCAUUACUGUGGGGAACACAUCCUCCAUACCUGCAGAUGGAAAGUCUACCUCCUCUGCUGUCGUCUCCGCAGUCAUGUGCUGGGUGACUGUGUGUGUCCAGAGAGGAUUGUUUGGUAGCCUCAGAUAGGAGAUGGAUGUUAGAUCAUGGAGGCCACAGGGCCUUUGGAAAAUGUGGUAGCAAAGGGGUACUGGAACUUUGCUUUUUUAAGAGCAGAAAAGGCGGCAAUACUUUUAACUCCCCCUUCCAAAAAUGCUAGGUGGAAAAGAACUCUUGAGCUCAUUCUGAAAGGUUCAGGAGAAAGCUAUCUCUGCACAGUGUUUGUUGGCUUUUAAAAUGUCAGGAGAGGGCAGAUGAUGUUGGUCUACUGUGAAUUCUGCAUUAACACAUUGAGAUUACCUUGACUCGUAGGCUGUCCCCAUCCCAAGAGCUGCUGGAAGGAGAUGUCCGUUUUCCUUCACACUGUGGCUGUUGGUUAGGAAAGACUAUGUGGGUGCAGUCAGGGUAUAGAAAGGCUGUGUAUUGCCUGAGGUCACACAGAAGAAGGAAUUGAGGCCAGGUCUCCAGACCUUUUUUGCCUGACAUUGAGCACUGACUUUGUUACUGAGUAGUUUGAAAACCUGGAAAUUUCUGACUCCUGAAAGGGAUUGACAAGCCCUGAGAAAAAGAUUCUCAUGGCCCUCCUUGUGUAAGCAGUUCUAGGGGAUUGCAAAUGUGCAUCUUGCUUACAAGAGAAGCAGCAAAAAAUGGGACCAGGGAGAGUGGUUUUGAGCUCCAGAUGCAGAAUGUGGCAGCUCCAGAUGUAGAGGCAAUGGUUGGUCCUCCCUUUCUGACAGCAGAAACAAGAGUCUUGUCUUCAGAAGGACAAAUUCUGUUUCCUUUGAAUACUCCCUCCUGGAUGUGCAGGACUAGAGCGAAGUACCAGUUGUUAGCGAUGAAUUUGGAAGCUUCUGGUGGUCAUCUUGUUUCAUCCUGAGCUGAGCAACAGUCUGGGGUUCACAGGGAUGUCCCUGUGCCAGCGGGGUGGUAGGGGGACAGCUGGGGCAAGUCUCAUCGUCUGGAAAGCUCCCAGCUGUGUCUUGUGCUUUUUGCCAUAGACUAGGCUGCCCCCAGGUCUUGUGGUCUGGAGCUGCUUAUGUGCUGCAGGCAUGCGGUAUUCCCCGGGGAAGGUCUGACACGUGGCAGCUGUCCUGAUACAGCAGCACUGAAACGAUUUUUGGAUCCACAGUUGAGAAAAGGCUAGGGCAUACGUUUCCCCGCAGAGGGGCAAGAGGACGCCUCUGGAGAACAGAGGCCUCCAGGGCCGCCGUGGUGCCCACGCUGCCCAUGAGCAGUGCUGCGCCACGCGCCUCCCCGCACCCGGGCACUGCCCUCUCGCUGCCUGCACACCCGCCUGGUGCCCGGCCUUGGCCUAAGGGAUGCCUGGAGCUGCCGCCCACACGCGGGGGCACCGCUCACCAGGAACAUCUCUCCGGGGCAUUGCUGUCUGUGCCAGGCUUCUCACUUUCCCAAAAUGCUUUCUGCUAGGAAGAACUCUUCAGAUCACAAGACAAGAGUGCGUUAGAGUUAACAAGAUCAACAUUUAGACCACAGAGUCCACAGAUAUGUAACAGUUCAUCAGUUAUGGCCAGGUAAACUUCAUAAUUUGGGCUAAUUAAAGGGGAAAAAAACCCAAAAGCCCUACUAGGCCCAGUUCCUUAGCUCUAUCGACUCUUCCAUAGGAAAAUACAGAAUUGCAACAUUCUUACCUCUUACUGUUUGUUUUAUAUCUGGUUUUAGCAGUUGAAGUGACAGUACUUGGUCUCCUGUCACCCACUGGGCCCUGGCAACAUAAGGAAACCAGUCUUGGGCCUCUACCAACAGGUUCCUUUCCAGCUCAGUGCAUGUUUUCCUCCAAGAGAAGCACAUGUCCGAGAGGGGCAGCUACAGCUAAGUAGAACCAGCUUCUGCUGUCAGCUCCUGUGGGCAUUUGGUGGCUGCUGGGCAGCAAGGUGAGAACUGACUGGCUUCAAUACACUUCCCUGUCAUAUCUCCACUGUGAUGUAUGUAAAGUAUCUUGUAUGUUACAAAAGGAUUUUAAAAAGUGUCUUAAGGCCUGUAAACUCCGCUAUUUGGUCUGAAGAUGGCAUUCUGUAAAGAGACUGCUGUAUGAAUAUGUUCCCAUGCUUUGUCCCCUAUGCUAUCAAACAACAAACCAUAUCUGUUCUGUAUGUAAUAAAUGUGUUAACAUCA